CCUGGGACGAAUCGACUAGGGUUUUUCGAUUUCACUGUCGAAUUUCAUCGAAACUCCAGUCCUCAAAUCAUUGCCAUAAUCCACCAAAAUUUCCGAUUCUUUUUGGUGCAGAGUUUGAACCGGAAUUUUCCUGUGCCGUUUCCUCUUCUGUUUGAAUUCAGACGAUGGGAAGGGGGAAGUACAAGAGCAAGCCCACCGGCCAUCGGCAGUUCUCCAAUCCCGAAGAUCUUCUUGCUGGUACCUCAAGCCGUCCGCAGACUUUUUCAAAGCGAGAAGCUGAGCGUGAUGAAGUUGAAGUAGAUUUCGUGGCAAGUUCCGAAGAGGAGUCUGGAGAUGAAUCCGAAGGACAUGAGGAGAAGAAGAAGGGGAUCCAAGGGAUUAUUGAGAUUCAAAAUCCGAAUUUGGUAAAGUCGAAGACCGUGAAAGCUCGAGACGUUGAUAUGGGAAGGACAACCGAACUCUCAAGGCGUGAAAGAGAAGAAUUGGAGAAACAGAGAGCCCGCGAGAGAUAUAUGAGGCUGCAAGAACAGGGAAAAACUGAACAAGCAAGGAAAGAUUUAGAGCGUUUAGCGCUUAUACGAGAGCAAAGGGCGGAAGCUGCUAAAAAGAGAGAAGAAGAAAAAGCUGCCAAAGAACAGAAGAAGGUUGAAGCCCGCAAAUGAUCAACUUGAAGCAAAACAAAGUCAUGCUGCUGUUAGAAUUUUAUUGUUUAAUGGAAAAAUUAUGCAGGUAACUACCCAUUGGAUUUUUUAAACCUUUUAGUAACUUUUGGAAUACUUACUGUGUAAAACAUUCAUUGGG